UUGUUAGAAACGAUAGUAAAAGAUGGUGCAAAUGAGAUGAGGAAGUAACUCGUUAGCAUUUGAUAUGCUUUGAGAACUCGUGGUAUGGCUGCUAUUCGUCAACUUGUAGGAAUAGACAAAGAUGCAGAAUUAAUUGAAGCAGCCAAGAAUGGAAAAUGUGAUGUCAUCGAGAAGUUGUUGAAAAAAUCAACAAGUGGGAGCAGCCUGUUAACCAAUCUCAGUAGUCUUCUGAAAGUAAAUAUCAACUGCGUGGACAGAGAAAAGGACACCCCUCUCCACCAUGCUGCUCUGAAUGGCCAUGUAGGUGCUGUUGAGAUUUUGCUGAGAGAGAAUGCCAAUGUUAAUGUAGUGGACAGCAGGGGAUGUAAUCCACUCCAUCUAGCGGCCUGGAAGGGUAAUGUGGAGAUCUGCAGGAUUCUCCUCACAAGUCCUCACUCUCAAAUCCAGGUCAACAUACAGAACUGUGAUGGAGAGACCCCUCUUCACAGCGCCGCCCAGUACGGAUCUACUCCCACCGUGAAAAUUCUCCUGGAUUUCAACGCAGAUCCCACUAUCCGGAACCUGAAGGAUGAGUCGCCGCUUGACCUGGCCGCCCGCUACGGUCGAGUGGAUGUGGUGCAGUGUCUGAUGGACAGAUGUCCGGACCUGGUGCAGAUUCCAAUUCUGAUCCACUCUCCACUCCAUCUGGCCGCAGCGUGCGGACACAGACAGAUUGUGGAGAUCCUUUUGGACAAGGGAUUUGAUGUUAACACUACGACGGACGAGGGUACUGCGCUUCACCUUGCAGCCUUGUACUGUAAAACAGAACUUGUUAAAAUUCUUUUAGACAGAGGCAUUGACUGUUCACUCCAAAACCGAGAUGGGAAAACAGUAAUGGAGAUUCUGACAGAACAAAAGAACCAGUCGUCCUACAGUGAAGUUAUUUCACUGAUUACAGAGCAUUUAAACAGGGUUUCACAGCAGGAGAACCAGGAGCCCAGCGUUUAUGACACGCUGGUGGAACAACCCACUCGUCCAGUCCCCACCCCCCGACUGUCGCUCUCCCCUGAGCCCGAGGCUAGGGGUUCUGACACCAGUGUCGGGGAAACUGUGUCCGUUCAUUACGCAAAGAUUGAUAAAUCCAACACCGAUAGCAUUCCAGCAAGUGGAUCAGAUGACGAUGCUGUAUUUGAAAGCACCCCACCCCCUGUCCCCCCGCGACAGUCCACCUUUGAUGACGGGGAUAUCUCACCUGUCCACAGGACCAUCCAAGAGGUCAAGCAGGAGAGAGACUCAAUGGCAUUCCAGAACAUCCAACCAUUCCAGCCCCCCUUCCAUCAUCAGGCACCCGCUAACACACCAGUCUCCAGACCCAUGCCGACCCGCCGGAACGGAAACAGUCGACAGACUGAAUCCCUGUAUGACCCACCCAUGCAGCUGCCUCCAAAAAUGUGGAGGGGGGCCGCAAGCACCCAGAACCUGAGCCUGGAGGACACGCCCCCCUCUCCCUGUGAGACUGGGAGACAGCAGCAAGGAAAAUAUUUUGAAAUGUCAACAAAUUCCCCUGUGUCAAGUCCAAAGGCUGUAAGACCAGUAAAACCUCAAAGAAAAAAGAAAGCAUUAAGCCCUGUACCAAAACGAAGUAAUCUAGCAAACAAAAUCACUGACACAAAAAAUGAAAGCACUGAAACUGAAGAUGGCAGCCAACCAGUGAACAGUCAAACUGACCAUGUUAGUGCAAAACCAGCAGAAAAUGAUGUCACUUCCUGUCCCACAAAAACCAAAGGUAAAGAUGCCACUAUUGCCCCAGAUGAUCCCUCACCUUGUGCUAAAACCAAAGAUCAUUCAAAAGAGGAGGGAGACUUAGAACCAACAGAAUAUGAAGUAAUGGCCAAAGUAAAACACCCAGAUGGAGAAGAACAAACUUUUUCAAAACAACAAAGCAAAAGUCAUUCUUCUGACAAAAUAGAUGUUACAGACACUUACCAAAUUUCUUCACAUGCUGACAGAUGGAACUCCUUGGACAGACAGGAUGUGAUUGACACUUAUAAACUGGCUGGAGAAAUAACAAAAUUCAGGGAGGGGGAAAGCUUACCGACCCCCUGUCAGUCUAGUAUACUAGAUGAAGAUGAAGACCAUUCGGAAGAGUCUAGUGUUCCUGGGAAAAGUGGAAAAAACAAGUAUGGUGAACUAAUUCCUGAGGAAGCUGCAGUAGAGUAUGAAAACAAUAAUUCUGUAGUUUCUGCAUUUGGAGGAGAGAAAGAAAAAAAGGAGGUGGAAGAGACUUCCUAUGAAAACAACGCCUCAGUUGCUAAGGGAAAAUUUUCUGUCAGAUGUUCUGAAGGAUUCAUACCAACAAGAGAUUCCAUAGGAUUUUCUCCAGUCAGAGAAUCAAAAGAAAUGGAGACAACCAAAAUGGAUGUGGCAUCAAAUGAGACGGAAGAAAACCCUUAUGAUGCUACCCUGUUUCUGCAGUCUAAACCAGUUUCCAAAGCUGAGAACAUACCACAUGCUCAAUGCAAACCAAAAGGUGACAUUCCAAAGACUGAAAUUAAACCAAACAAAGGUACCAAUACUGAAAUUACCAAAACCUCACAUGCAGGUAGUGUGACCAACUGUGAUAAAAACUCUAACAUUCCAAGUGAAUCAAAAGAAAAAGAUGUGAUAAAUGUUGAACCCAAAAGCCCUUCUAAAAAAGGGGAACUUCCAAAGAAACCCUCUAUCAGAAAACUAGCAGAAAAGAGUUCUUCCUCUGGGGAGAAAAUUCCAGACCUUCCAAAAAGACCCAAACCCCCACUUGUCCCAAAACCUGUUCUAAAACAAAUGGUUAGUGCUACAAAGAGAGAUAACUGUGAUGUACCUGUCUGUGAUAACAGUGGCGGUGGGGUGUAUGUGACUCUCAAAGGCCCCACCCCGUGCAGUGUGAAGGACGGAAAGUUGGAGAGGUUGUCGAAUGGGGUUAGUGAGUCUGCAAGGACCAAAGAACAAGCUACCAAGCCACCAGGGUCUUUACAGUUUGAUAAGAAAAAACAUAAGGAAGAGAUCCCUUUAACCCCCACGGGCUAUACCCAGCCCCCCACCCCAGAUUUCCCUCCGCCCUCACCGCAUACAGCCAUUCUAGGCAUUGAAGAGAGAAUGGCCAUUAUUGAUAACAAGAGGUCUUCUAAAGACAUGGAAACAAUAACAGAGGACAACAUGAUGACUGGGUCACAGGUUAAAGGUCAAGGCCAUGCUGCUGAUACCCAGAAUUCAAAAGCACCUGCAGGCAAGGUGAUGGAUGAACCAGAAGAACCAGUUGUAUUGAGAAGAUCUUCCACGAGGGGGAGCAGUACCAGCCUGGAUGACAUUGUGACGGAUGACAAGCUUGGCCCUUUUGCAGCAAGCUCUCUUACCCAGGACCAUGCUAACUGUCUGUAUCGGGGCUCUGUGAUUGGUGGACCAAGGACCUUAGUGACCCAAAUUUCAGACAAUGUCGCUCAUCGAAAUUCCUGGUCCUCUAAGAGGAAGUCUCUUCCUGGCGCCUUGGCAAUGACCUUGGAUCCCAUGAAGGAAGAAAGCUUUGAAAAGAAAAUGGCCACAAUUGCAAUGUCAUCUCAUGAUCCAAGAAUGUCAAGGUUACAUGGUAAAGAAGAUGGACCAGAUGAUGAUGAGGAAUGGGCGAAGAUUGAGGACAUUAUGGCAUCUUUUGGGGGUGGAAUUGCGAGGGAGUCAGUGUUCAUGCGAGAAAUGGAACCCGCCUUUCUGAAAAAGUUAGCCGACAGUUUGCAACAGUACCCUGGGAGGAUUUUGAGUGUCGGGGAGUGGCUGGAGGAAAACGGCCUUGGACAUUACGAGAACACACUGGUUGCUAAUGGCUUCGAUCACACAGACUUCUUGGGAGGAAAGAUAAUGGAGGAAAGUGACCUUGAAGCCAUUGGAAUUACCUCAGCAGAGCACAGAAAGAAGAUCCUGGACUCAGCCAAAGCUCUGCCCCAGCUUACCCCGAUAGACCCUGAUAACCUCCCCCCUUCCGUCAGUGAAUGGCUGAAUUCGCUGCAUCUGGGAGACAAGACGGAAACAUUCAUGAACAAGAACUUUGACACGAUGGACCGAGUAAUGAAACUGUGGGAAGUGGAGCUGAUCAGUGUAUUAGACAUCACAGCUGUUGGGCACAGGAAGCGGAUCCUGGCCUCGCUAGAACACAGGAAGAAGCCUGACCGACAGUUCACCAGCUUGAAGAGGCGCAAUAAGGAUGAGGAUCGAUCAUCCUCAGAGCCUGAACUUAACCUUUACAAGGAUUACACCAAGGUCAAACCUCUUGCCUCAUCCUCCGAGGAGGACAACAAGGUAUCCCAGUCCCUCCCAGAUAGCAGUGAGGAUGAGGAAGUUUUCCGCAAAGAACAGGGUAAAGCUUUGAGGGACAGCUCCAUACACAUUCGCCCCCCUCACCAGGCUAACACCACCACUCCCAUCAAACAGUGGAGGCACCGGCCUGAGAUGUUGAUCAAAGGCUGCUGUAACUACACCGCCCAGUAUCUGGGAUCUACGCUAGUCAGAGAACUUGUGGGGACGGAGUCAACGAUAGAGGGAAUCACCAAACUUAAGAUGAAAUAUAAGAAAAAAAUUCAGAAAUCAGCAGACGUCAUUGCCAAAAUCCCCACCAUUUUGUUGUCAAUUUCCUAUAAAGGGGUCAAGUUCAUUGAUGCUAAGACCAAAAAAGUGAUAUGUGACCACGAGAUAGGGAACAUCUUCUGUGCCUGUCAGGACGCCCAGAGCAUGAACUUCUUUGCUUACAUCACUCGAGACAACCAAACAGCCAAACAUUAUUGUCAUGUGUUCAACUGUCGGACAGCAGAUCUAGCAAGGGAGAUAAUUAUGACACUUGGAGAGGCAUUUGAGGUUGCCUACCAGAUGGCACUGAAGGACAAGGCUAUGGUGGAAGCCAGCGAGUUUGAGCAGAAGUUGAGUCAGAGUGACACGGAUGAAUCCAGUAUAUCCUCCUCGAAAGCCUCCAUUAACACCGUCUGACAGCAACACUUACCAGGUGAUUUGUAGUAGGGAAGGGGAAACAGAGGAGACCAUACCUCAAGGUAGUGGAUAGUGUACCUUAAAGGUAGUGAAUAGUGUACCUUAAAGGUAGUGGAUAGUGUACCUUAAAAUAAUGCAUUAAAGAGAACUCUGGGAAUAUCAUGUCUGAAAGUGCCAUAUGUAAUUCUAUAAAGGCUGGUUCUAAGCUGUGAGGCUGGGGUCCUGCUUCCAUGCAAGUACAAUGUAACACCCUCUGUGCUUACAUGGCCCAAACUGCUUCAGGGAUAGCACUGUUCACUGAGCACUUGCUGUAUAUAAGAGCCAAGGACUCUGAACCUGCUAUUGGACAUCGGCCAUUGAACCAGUGUUAUUGUACAUACUGUUUUAUGAACAAGUAAAAAAACAUUUGUGAAAUGAUGGGGUUGGAGCUUUCUUAAUGAAUCCAUUGUAGUGUUCAGCCAUUUAUUUUUACUCAAAAGCUUAUGAAACAUAUUUUUCUUUUUUUACAAAGCAUGGAUGUAUGAAGGUUUUUUGAAUUAAAAAUUGACAGAAAUUACAUAAACUCUUGACUACUUCAGAGACAAUUUCAUAUAAAUAUUUAUUAUAACAACUCAUUGCUUGAUAUUUGCUUAUAUUUUUCAAAAUUUCAUUCAUGGGAGUGUAUUGUGUAAGUACACAGUCCUAUGUCAGUGAAAUAGUUUCAAAAUGAUGAUACACGUGGACAUUGAUUAUGAAUUGCUGGGUUUUAUUUUUACUUUGUGUAAUAAAUGCAGGUGCUUAGUUACUAGGAUGAUGAGCUGUGUGAACAUUGUCAUGAAACUUGAACAAAUGUCGGUACUUAACGAUCUACACAUAAAAUCAAAACCUGUGUUCAUGCAAAUUAUUUUAUUUAUAUAUUAAAGUCAUGUUUUUGAAACAUGUCAGAAGAUAUCAUUGUAUGUAGAAUUCAAGUACAAAUGUAUUUAUAUUUUUUUAUAGUUGAUUUGAAGAGAACAUGUGACAAGUACUGUAAACCAACUUCUAUUCGCGAAGACAUUAUUUCGCGAUUUAAUGAACACAAACUGGUUCGCGACGACUAAUUUUUGCAAGAAGCUUUAUAAAGACUAGUGUUGUUAUAACAACCAUACGACAAUGGCUGGUUUGCUGCUAGAAAUAUUCUCGACAAACCUUAGAAAAUUUCUCACUCGUGAAUAAAAGUUGGUUGUGGUACUUUUCCAUGUAUUUCUGAUUGCAGUUCAUUAUUCAAGAUGUUUUGCUUUUUUUAGUACUAGACUGCGUACGAAAAGUGCUUAUUUAACUAACACAAAGUUGUUAUUUCUUGACGGUUAAUGUACAUAUUUUACCACAAUGUAAACACAAAUUCAAAACAGAAACCUUUGAAACAUGUCAGACAUGCAUUUCACUUUUACAUCAUAAUUUUAAGGGAAAAAAAGCAUUUUUUGGGGAUUAUGUAUCUUCAAUAUAAUAAAUCUAAUUUAGUUUUACAAAUGCCAAACUUACACAGAUUACGUUAUCUUCAUGUAUAUGUUUUCUGCAAUAUUACUAUUACUAUACUGAUAGUCAUGAUUCAUGCAAAGUUUGAUGAACGAUUGUCCAUUAUUAUUUAUACGUGUAUCUCAGUAUGAAAUUUACGUGUACCUUUAACAAUUGAUGGACAUGAUAAUUCCAUGUGUUGAUAGUUGUUGGGAAAAGUUGUUAUAACUCUUGUUAACAAAUGGAACAGAUUUGCAAAAAAAAAAAAAAAAUUUCUUAUGCAUUUUGCAGAUCUUUCUGUGCAAUAUAGAAUGAUGUGAAGUUGCUUGUACCCAGUUGUCUAACAUGAAUCCUGCUAUUUGAUGUGUGUACAGAAAAUUAUUAUACAUUCCUCCAGGGUCAGAGAUUACUCUUUGUUCUAGCCAUAUUAAACUGUUAUAUCUUUGUCUGAUGUAAAAUGGAUUUUUUUUUAGAUGAGAUUAUAAUCAUGUUUUUCAUUGUUAUGUAUACUAACUUUUUUAUUACACCUUUUAAUUAAUUCAUUUGCGAUUGGGCUUUCUUUAAAACAGAACUGAUUGAUAAGUUAAUUAUAAUAUGCUUAUAUAAAUUAUCUGUUUUAACGUGUACUUAAUAUUUUGAUAGUCCUUUAAGUUUGAUAAAUAAAUGAUGCAAUUUUUUCUUAAUAAUUGGAAAAAGUUUAUACUGAUAAUGAAAAUAAAAUGAAAAUGUAUGAAAACAGAAAUAAACAACAUUCAUCAGCGAGUUA